CGUCCCGGCAUGCAGCGCGGCAGAACUUGAGCCCCAUCUUGGCCGAGGGGGGCAGAGCUGCCCGCGCUGCCGGCGCCGCCGCGGAGACACCGCACGGACCGAGCGGCCCCCGGCACGUAACGGCACGUCCCGCCCGUCCGGCCUCCUUCGGUCCGCACAGCUCGGCCUCACCGCCCGGGGCUCCGCCUGGGGCCGCUCCGAGCGAGAUGCGUCUGGCGCUGGUGUCCAGGUAGAGCGCGGCGCAGGGCGGGGGGCCGCGGCGCCGCCUGGGCCUCGUCCUCGUCCGUCCGGCGCGGGGCGGGCCGAGGGUCCGCGUGUGCGGCCGCCCCCUGCCCUGCCCUGCCCCGCCUCCCCCGGGCGGCAGGAAGGCACGAGGUACAGCCCGGCGGAGCCGCGUCCCGGCGGCGGGAGGAGGAGGAGGAGGAGGAGGGCGGCAGCGGCCGGGAGGAAGGGGAGGAGCGCCGCGGCCCAACGCCCGCCGCAGGAACCCGCCGGAGGAUGCACGGGAGCGGCCGGCCGUCGGCCCGCACGCACUGACAGCCCGCGGUGGGCCGCGCUCCACCGGCCCGGCCGGCCCGGCCCCUCCGAACGGGGGGAAGCAUGUCCAAGAUGCCGGCCAAGAAGAAGAGCUGCUUCCAGAUCACCAGCGUGACCACGGCGCAGGUGGCCAGCAGCAUCACCGAGGACACGGAGAGCCUGGACGACCCGGACGAGUCCCGCACCGAGGACGUGUCUUCCGAGAUCUUCGACGUUUCCCGAGCCACCGACUACGGCCCCGAGGAUGUCUGUGAGCGGAGCUCGUCUGAAGAAACUCUCAACAACGUGGGUGAGGCUGAAACCCCCAGCAGCGUCUCUCCCAACCUCCUCCUGGAUGGGCAGCUGGCUGCGGCUGCUGGCGGGGGAGCUGCUGCGCCACCAGCGAUAGCCCCCAACGGGGGGGCUGUGCCCAAGAGCUCUGCCGUGCCCCUGCCAGCUGCUGGCGCUGCGGGCGGUGGUGCUCAACCUGCCUUGCCCUCCUCGGGGCCCUCUGCACCUGGGACUAUGGCUCAGACAGUGGCCGCUGCUGCGUGCAGCUCACGUUUCAGGGUGAUCAAGCUGGAUCACGGUACCGGGGAACCCUACAGGCGAGGACGAUGGACGUGUAUGGAGUAUUAUGACCGGGACUCUGAUGGCGGUGUCUUGGGCAGGACUGGAGAUUGCAUUAGGCACAGCAGCACCUUUGAGCAAGCUGCUCAAGAGAGGGACAGUGGGCUCGGUGCCACAGGAGGUUCUGUCGUGGUCUCAGCUGUGCCAGCAUCAGCACAUGGCCCUGAUUCCAUAGCUGACAGUUCCCUUGCUGCUGUGUCACAGCUGCUCCAGACAGAGAAGAUGAACCAGGCCUCUCUUCAGCAACCUAAUUUUGUCAUUGGGCAACAACAGCAGUCGCAACAACCCAUAGGUGGGGCCAUGCCUCAAAGUACUGCUCAGUCUAUGUUUUCUGGGGCUUCGGUAGCAAAUCAGCAGAUAAUGGUGCCACAGCAAUCACAGCCACAGGUAAAUACGCAGGGUGUCGCUCAGGCUGGACCCAAUGGAAAAGGUAUAGCACCUCCAAACGUAACAAUGGGCCAGCCAAGCAUUCCUGUGGCACAGCAGCAGGUGCAGCAAGCAAGCGUACCAGUGACUCAGCCUCAACAAUUUGCUUAUUCUCAGUCCCAGAUUCCACCAGUGCACCUACUGCCAACACAACCUUCUGGUCAGUCUGAAUACAUGCAACACAUGACAAUUAUGCAGCCUCAAGGAGCUAUUCAGCAGGCUCCUGCAGGCUCUGUUCCAAGUACUGCGGCUUCCAACCUGCCUGUGGGACAGGUGACCGGCCCGAGCCCUUCACCUGGGGGAGCACCGGUGAUGGGGGUGCCAGCGCAGCCAGCCGAAGCAGUUGCACAGGGAUCAGGAAUUAUGCAAAGUGGCCAGACACAAGCUGGUCAGACUGCUGUCCAGCAGCCAGGAGGUGUGGUGCAGCAAGGAAUUGGACAUGCAGGGGUUGUGCAACAGAAAUCUGUGACUCAGCAUCAAAUGAGUGGAAGCAGUCAAGUGUCUGGAAUGCCUGGUGCUCCCCAUGCCGUGGUUUCUGGAGUUCAGAACGUGCCUGCAGUUGUGCCCGGUACAAGUGUGCCUAGUGUGUCUACCACUUCUGUUACUAUGCCAAAUGUUCCUGUUACUCUGGUCCAGUCACAGCUGCCUAGCCACACUUCUGUCAGCAGAAGUACCACUGUUGUCCAGCAGCAGCAGCACGUCGGGCACUCCUUGAUACAAGGUGCACCUAAUGUACCUACCAAUCUGCCACAGUCAAACCUCGGACAGUUUCAGACUCCUGCUCAAUCUGUAAUAGGCCAGAUUGAUGAUACUAGAAGAAAAUCGGAACCCCUACCUCAGCCAUCACUUUCUCUUACGGCCGAAAUUAAACCUCUCGUGAAGCCUCCCAUUCCAGACACUCUAGCAAAUCCUCUUCAGUUACCUGCAAGUACUCCUAUGAACAGUCUUGCCAGCUCUGUGUUUGGCAUAUCUAUUCCUGUUGAUGGUGAUGAAGACAGGAAUCCGUCUACUGCAUUCUACCAAGCGUUCCAUUUCAACAAGUUACGUGAGUCAAAGCCCUUCUGGGAUAGCGCGUCUGGUGCAAGUGUUGUUGCCAUUGACAACAAAAUAGAACAGGCAAUGGAUCUGGUGAAAAGCCAUUUGAUGUACGCAGUGAGAGAAGAAGUGGAAGUUCUGAAGGAACAAAUAAAAGAAUUAGUCGAAAGAAACUCUUUACUUGAACGAGAGAACGCACUGUUGAAAUCCCUCUCAAACAACGACCAGUUAUCCCAACUUUCAGCCCAACAGGCCAAUCCCAGUAGCACUUUGCAGGCGCCGGUGGUGACAGCGCAGCCUGCACAGCCAGCACAGCCUCCGCAGCAGCCGAAUGUCUCCUCAGCGUAAAGCUUUCCUGCCUCGUUUCAAAGCAGAACCCCCGAGAGCAGCCUGUCCUCGUGUGCCACUGAUGUUCCUUCCACUUUAUAUGAAAGCAGUAGCCAUGCUUCUGUCGCGUGUUUGGCCUUCUCAGUAUUAGACAAUCAUCCCACCUGAGCUUUCCCUCCCCCACGUGUGGCUCAGCGCGGUCUGCUCCCGUUGUGCAGUCGGGGGCUGCUCCCAUGGCCGGGGCAGCUUCCAUCCUGCCCGUGUUCAGAGGCGUCGCUUGGCCCCGGGAGCUGCCGUCCUCUCCACAUUAGUCCCAUUUGCCUACGUUAGUUUCAUUUACGUUGUGUUAUUUAUUACGGGGCUGCUAUUUUCAUUAUGUUGAUGAACAAUGUCACAGGACUUUUCUUUUUUAUUUGAAUUUUUUGCUAUCUGUGUGUGUCGGUGGGACGAUAGACGGGAUUGCGUUGGUAGGGAAAACCCGUAGGCAAUAAUUGAACAAAAAGGAUCCUGGCAGAUUUCUAACACUAAUGGCAAUUCACCCUCGGUAUUUAUUUACGGUAGCGAAGAUCAGCUGGAAUGUAAAUGUUGUAUAGAGUGUAAGUAUGAAGAGCACAGUGUGUCCGUAGGGCUGGGCACCAGCCCCAAAACACAAUAACACGGACGGGCUGUUUGGAUGAAGAAACUGCUCCUUUCUGUCCCUAUUUCCUGGUAGAAAUGGCCGCGAUUCUCCGCUCUGGGACAUUUCCUGUCAUUUCUGGUUGGUUUUUUUUGUUUGGUUGGUUGUUUUGGUUUUUUUGGGUGGGAAUAAAAAGCUGUGAAAUUGUUCAACCUCCUUUGUAACCAAAGAAGCGAAGCUGUGUCAUUGAGUUGGUUUUUUAUUUUACGAUGCACAUUCUCUAUGUAUUUUUAUUUAGUGUUUCCUCAUUCACACUUUCUUUGCUGUCUCGCAUGAUCUGCAUGACCUGUUCCCCCGAACCACUCUCGUACCUCAUGUUUUUAUCCAGCACACUCUUAUUGUAACGUGGAUCAGUCUGUGAACAAGGCGAACAAGGCGCGGGGCCGCGCUGGGCUGGUGGCGGUGACGUGAGCCAUCCUCUGUUCAUUAAAUGGUGUUUGAAUUUCGUAUGCAGGAAACGUUUUGUUACAUUGCAGAUUUUAAUGUAUUUAAUAAAUGCGACAUGCAGAUGGA